UGAGAGAAUAAAAUAAAAACUCGAAAAUUCGAUGCGAUCCUUUUACACGUUGAUUGAAGCCUCUCUCUGUAUAUCUCUAAUAAAUUCUGUUAUAUCGAACAGAGAGAGAGAGAGAGUCUCCGUGCUCUGAAGAAAGAGAAGCUUUGAGACCAAUACCAUCAUCAUCUUCAUCAAGCAGAGCAGGUUUCCCCCAAUUUCUGUCGUCGUCGGUCUCCCACAGCUGAUCUCAAACAUGAACAUCUUCACCAAGAAACCAACUCCGAGAGAAGUGCUUAGGGAGAGUAAGAGAGAGAUGACACAAGCUACCCGAGGAAUCGAAAAGGAAAUCUCAUCUCUGCAAUCAGAAGAGAAGAAGCUUGUUCUCGAGAUCAAAAGAACUGCUAAGACAGGGAAUGAGGGAGCCACCAAGACUCUUGCUCGCCAAUUGAUCCGGCUUAGGCAGCAAAUUGCUAACUUACAAGGUAGCCGAGCUCAAAUGCGAGGCAUAGCUACUCAUACACAGGCUAUGCACGCACAUACUUCAGUUGCUGCUGGACUGCAAGGUGCCACUAAGGCUAUGGCAGCUAUGAGCAAGAAUAUGGAUCCUGCAAAACAAGCUAAGGUGAUGAGAGAAUUUCAAAAGCAGUCUGCGCAAAUGGACAUGACCACUGAGAUGAUGUCAGAUUCCAUAGAUGAUGCUUUAGACAAUGACGAAGCUGAAGACGAAACUGAGGAUUUGACAAACCAGGUUCUUGAUGAAAUUGGCAUUGAUGUCGCCGCACAGUUAUCAUCUGCUCCAAAAGGUAAAAUUGGCGGGAAGAAUACAGAGGAUGUUGGCAGUUCUGGAAUGGAUGAACUGGAGAAGCGGUUGGCUGCGCUUAGAUAGAAUGAUAGACUAAGCUGGAAAAUCAAGUGGAAGAGCUCACUUCAAACUUGUAGCUUGAAGUUGCUUCUUUCAGAGCAAAAAAAAAUAUACAUUCAAUGUGUCUUCCACAGUUUGCUUUCUGGGAAGAUUUGUGGAUAUUAUAAACAAUUAAACAUACACAGUGACUUUUAUUUUCCUUAUUCUUUUGAUCUGCAAUGUCCAAAACGUCUUUGGUUCUAAUUUGUACUAGUUUUUGCAUU